AUGGAAAUUGUUAAUACAAUAUCUUUACAUGAUAUUGAUACAAUUAAUUCACGUUCUCAUGGUUAUAUGGCUGUAUUUUCUGGAGAUACUGGAGAAAUUCGGAGCGAAGUUCGAGAGCAGAUUAAUAAAAAGGUUAUUGAAUGGAGAGAAGAAAACAAAGCACAAAUAAUUCCAGGAGUUUUAUUUGUAGAUGAAGUUCAUAUGCUUGAUUUGGAAUGCUUUUCUUUUCUUAAUCGUUAUAUUGAAUCUGAUCUUUCACCAAUUUUGGUGAUGGCUACAAAUCGUGGAAUAACUAAUAUUCGUGGCACAACACUUGGAUCUCCACAUGGAAUUCCGUUAGAUUUGCUUGACCGUUGUUUAAUUAUAAGGACGGUAAAAUAUACUGAACAGGAAAUUCGUGAAAUAUUAAGAAUCCGCUCAUCAGACGAAUUAAUUGAAAUGGACCAAGAUGGGCUAGAUUUUCUUGUUUCUGUUGCUGGAAAAACUUCGUUAAGGUAA